GGCCGAGCUGCGGCGCUCCCAGGUGCUGGGCCCAGGCUGUGUCUGAGGCGCGCCGGCUUCCCGCCCUUGCCGACUCCGGAGGCUGGGACCCGCCUGCAGCCCGCUGCGGUGCCCGGGUGCGACCUUCCCCCCGUGAAGGCGCCUGGGGCUGCCGGGCUUCCCCGGGCGGCGAGGAGCGGAGCGGGCCCGGGGUAACGCGCCCUCCGGCGGCUCCGGGGCUUCGCAAUGGCUUCGGGAACAGCGCUGAUUUAUGAUGAGGAGAUGACCACUCACAAACUACUUUGGAGUGAUCCUGUUUGUGAUAUUGAAGUGCCAGAAAGGCUGUCCUCCUCCUAUGAGCAGCUUAAGUGUUACCAUUUGGUGGAAAGAUGUGUCCAUGUGCCUGCCAGAGAAGGAAGCGAGGAGGAGAUCCUGUUGGUUCACAGUUCAGAACACUUGGAAGUGGCAAAAAGCACCCAAACAAUGAAUGAAGAGGAACUGAAAAAAGUCUCUGGAAAUUAUGAUGCUUUCUUCUUUCAUCCGGUGUAACACUUACCGCUGUGCCAGACUAGCGGUAGGAGCGACUUUGCAGCUGGUGGAUGCUGUGAUGUCAGGAAUAGUGUGCAAUGGAAUGGCAUUAGUAAGACCUCCAGGUCACCACAGCCAGAGAAAUGCAGCCAAUGGAUUCUGUUUGUUCAACAAUGUUGCUAUUGCAGCAGAAUAUGCAAAACUGAAAUAUGGUCUACAGAGAAUCCUAAUUGUUGACUGGGAUGUGCACCAUGGGCAAGGAACUCAAUAUAUAUUUGAAGAGGAUCCAAGUGUCUUGUAUUUUUCCUGGCAUCGCUAUGAACAUCAGGAAUUCUGGCCAUCGCUCAAAGAAUCUGAUUAUGAUGCUGUGGGUCUGGGAAAAGGAAAAGGUUUUAACAUAAAUUUGCCUUGGAAUAAGGUUGGGAUGGAAAAUUCAGAUUAUCUUGCUGCAUUUUUCCAUGUGUUGCUUCCAGUGGCUUUUGAGUUUGAUCCUGAAUUGGUCAUUGUCUCCUCUGGAUAUGAUUCUGGAAUUGGUGACCCUGAAGGUCGGAUGAAUGCCACUCCUGAGGUUUUUGCCCACCUUACCCAUUUCCUGAUGCAGUUGGCUAAUGGCAAGCUGUGUGUCAUCCUGGAGGGUGGAUACCACUUAAAGUCAUUGUCUGAAUCCGUCUGCAUGACUGUAAAAACUUUGCUUGGAGAUCCUGUACCUCAAAUAACUGGAGAAAUGGCACCUUGCCUAAGUGCUGUUGAAUCUAUUCAAAAUGUGAGAGCAGCACAUAAACCUUACUGGAAGUGGUUGAUGUAUGAAGACACAUCAUUUUUACAAAAUUUGAGCACCAAAUCGCACCUGCUACCGAAAGCUGAUCCAAACCCCUCCACAGAGCAUGAAGCUAAGAUAUCUAGCAACAAUGAAACUGUCAAAGUAAAAAGGUUUUUGGAACUGCACAUGAAAAACAUUCUAUUUCCAGUGCCUCCCAUCAAAACAGCAACAACAAUUGACUUUAAAGAUUCAGCACAUUUGCACCCUGGAUCUGUUCAUUUGGUGAAGGAAAUGGACAAAACAGAACUCAAAGCUCUUGUCAGUGGGUUUUACACAGACCUUGUGAAAGAGGAGAAAACUCUGAUCUCUCUUGGCAGUGUGUUGGCUGUCCUAGAGAAAAUACUUAAGAAGGAGGUAUGCAAUGGAAUUGCAGUAUCCCCCACUGCUGCGUCUGUUGCUGUUGCACUAAGACAUUCUGUUCAGUUUGGAUUUCAAAGAGUGCUUUGUAUAUUUGUUGGAGACAUGCAAAUCAUACCGAACACAGAAGAUGGAAAAAUACUCAUGAUACAUAUUUGUGAGAAAGAACAGUCUGGAAAGACCAGCUCCAAACACUGUAUUUCUCUAAACUGGAAAGAGGAUGCCAAAGGAAAUGACUUUUUCUCUGCUGUACUUGGAGUCAUUCUUCCUGUAGCAUACAGUUAUCAACCGAACUUGACAAUAAUAGCUGUUGGACCAAACAGGAGCCUUGGAAUAAGUGGGAUUUCUCUGCUUUUUGCUUUGCUACAAGGAUUAGCUGAGUCUCGCAUUUUUGCAGUGAUCGAGGAUACGGAGAUAAACUUAAUGCAAAGUGUAGCCAAAGCAUUAGCGGGUACUUCUACCCCUCACUUUGGAGUUUUUGUACCUCCUACCCAGGAAAAAGUAAAUAAAAUAAAAAUAUUAAGAGACCAAUUUCAGCAGGAAUGGAAAAUGCUUCAGUGUUCAGUGAAGGAUGGGAUUCCAAGAAACUGACUUCAGAAUCAUUUUUCACAGCAGAAGAAAAUGUGUUGCUGUUCAUGUUGCCUUUUAAAUCACCAGGAAAAGAGAUGGUCAAUCUCUAAACACAAUGAGAGCCAUUUGCAAUUGUCUGCUGUUUUAAAAACAGUUAAAAUGAGUAUUUUCAGCUGGAGAACUCUGUUUGCAAAUUCUAUAUUGGCACUAGUUAUUUGGGACUGACGCCUGAAACAACUCCUGUACUUCAUGACUGCAAACUGGGGGCCUGUGUUAUUUGUGGCAUUGUAAAGCAGGCUUGCAUAUGCAGGAGCUUGAUUCGAGUUCAAGAAUUCCAGAAGACAGGCAUCUGAAAUAAGCAAUCAUAACAGCCAAAACAUUUUAGUACUAUUCAACAUCAUACCAGAGUGCUUGCACUGCUGCCACCACCAGCACUUCAUUGGGAGUUUAAGCUUAAAAACAGGUCCUUCAAAGUAGUGAAAUUUUAUUUCAUAAUCUGAUAUACAGGCUCGCCUAACAUUGUCUAUUCUUUUAAUUUUUCUAAUGGGUAGUUAUCAAUUGCAAAAAGAAAGAAGAGCAGCUGAACAGCUACAGUGUGUGCAUGUCCUACAUCACACUCGUGAUGAUAAUGGCAUGAGAGAAAAAAGAAAAAUUGCAUUUAUAAGAUGACAUAAUUGAAUAGAGCAGUGUAGAGGGGACUUCACUCACCUCUCUUUCCAAACGUAAAUUCUGUAACAACUAAAACCCCCAAGCCCCCAGAGAUUUGGUAGCAGCCUAAGGCUGACAUCAUGUCAAUUCUCAGAAUUAAAGAAACAUCCCGAGGCAAUAGCCACAGUCUGCUUCGUUUUGCAGCAUUCCAGAUUGUGAUUUAGGGCUCAUUUUUAAGAGCACUUCUCUGUGUGAUUGGGACUUUGAUAAUGUGGCCUUUUAAUUCCAAACACUUAAAAUUAUGUUUAUACUGGUGGUGCUGCUGGGAUCAACUUGACAUUAUUUUAGUAACUAAAUCUGUCUUUGCAGUUCUCUGUUCUCAGUGAUACCCUUCUCAUUGGUACUGCUUUUCAGUUACUGCUGCAUGGGAAAUUAUACCCAGUCCUUGAACACUUUGAAAUGAAAAUCUGUUUCAAAAGAAAUUAAAAGCAUUUUCACAAACAGAAGUUGAAGAACAUGAAGAUGUUCUGCUUCAGUUCAGAAUUUCUUUAAACUCAACUUCAAAUUCCAGAAAGAAAGUACUUUAGAUUGAAAACUGCAAGGGCAAACUUUAGCUUCAAAACUUUUCAGAACAGAUUUUUUUGUUUAUUCUUCUCUCUCCACUGGGGGAAAAAAAAAAAAAAAAUGAAAUUGAUAAUUCAGCAUUUUCAAGGAAAAAAAACCCUCAAAAAUAGCUCUUUUUUCUGCCGUCUUUCAACUGAAUUUUUACAUUGCUUAAACGAUACGAAUGUCGUUUUUUGAUAUGUAUUUUUCUAAGAUCUCGAUGCAUUUUAUUAAAACAUGAAUUAAGAGGAAAAA